AUGUGUUGCUCUUUCGAAUGGAAGACAAUUCGCGAAUAUGAAGUCCUGAUCGCCCUCUGCAGGGCUGCGCCCGCUGUGCAGGCGUCCCAGAACGCGCAGAAGCUCGCUCGCCAUCUUAUACCAUAUCUCAUGGACGCUCAUGUGCAAGCGUUUGCCCAUUCGCCUUUCUUCCGCAAGAUUGAGCCCUGUCCGACGGAGUCUCUAAGCUAUCAUGUCACGGCCGCCCUGCUUUCGCUGGGGUUGAACCAUGCUGAUGUUCAGCAGACGGUUUCCGAUAACAUUUCCAGCUUUCUCAACAUUUGCGCCCACGCCACUGAAAGUGUUUCCCCAGCAGAUGAUGGCAGUGAUCCGGAUGCCGUAGAAGACGCCAUCAGGACAGCAACUCUUGCUGUUGCCCUUUUGGGUUUCCUGGACGCCGCCUGCGCUCAAGCAACCUUUUGGCGGACGGGAGGCCGCCUUGGGUUGGUGAUGCGUGUGCGCGAUCUUCUCUCGCAGCCUUUCCUAGUCGCCGUGGAGGCUGCCUUCUCCACGCUGCGGAAUGCGCAUUCCCAUGAUCGCCUGACCAAGGACUGGAAACGAUGGGUUCGUCAUUAUGAUGAAAUUGGACGCCCUUUAGGCGCCAUGCUUCUCCAACGCAGUUUCAUGCGUUUACUCGUUGCUGCGACAUCGCUGCUCGUCGCCGAGGAGGAUGCGCUUCGAAGCCACCACAUCCUCGAUAUCAUCAUGUCCGGGAACGGCCUUCGAAGGCCCUUGACCUCCCGCAGCGCAGAGGCCGACUUUCGCUCGGUGGAGCUCUAUGCCACUGUCGCCAUCGACCAGAUGAACUACUUAGAGUCUAGUGCUGAUUUCGACAGCUUGUCUCCUGCUAAGCAGCGGCUUGCCUCCUCAGUCAAGGCCUGCGCCCUGAUCAGCUAUCUCAACUCCUGCACACUGAACGAGGAGGCGGCUGAUGCUGAAGUGCUCAUGGCUUGGCUCGAGGACGCCAUCACCGAUGGUGCGGGAAUGGCCGACGACGAGCUUGCAACUGUAGUCUUGAAAUCUAUGGCGCUCCUGUGUCGAUUAUCCCCCGCAUAUGCAACCAACAUCAGCCGCCUGCUGCCGCGGUUCAUCGUUCAGAGUGGCGCCAAGAGUCAAGUUGUCGCCGUGGCCUCGAAAUGCCUUGCCUUUGUGCUACAAGUGCUAUCCAAAGACGCUGUCAUCACUACUCUUUACACCCUCGGGAACGUCCUCAGUCCUGUAGAUGAUCGCCGUCUGGGCAACGGAGUCGGCGCUGAUUCGGUAACGGACGGCCACGACAUAUCUCGUGUUUAUACGGGCAGACCAUCUACCGGCAGCUCUAUCUCCUUGCAAAUAUCCGGAGAGGAAGAGUCCUUGGUCGUUCAAGGAAACGUGGUGCAGGCUAUCUGCGAGAUUGCCACUGCCUGUCAGGAUGAAAAAAUCACGGGGCUUGCCCAGUCCAUCCUUGCACAAAAGAUGGUGAAGCUGAGCAGUCCAGUUGACGCGAGACUGAUCACCGGCGCGGCUGCGUUGGCUCUCAACGGUGGUCCAUCAGAAUUUCGCAACCUUCUGAAGAGGCUUGCUGCAGUUUCACAUGACGCUCUCUUGGAAAACAAGGACGGAGUGCUCCAGGCGGUCAUGCAAGCUCGCAAUUAUAUAUCGGCCAACAUUUCUCAGGAAUCUCCCUUGUUUGACAUCUAUCUGGAGUAUCUCCUCGAUGGCAUUAUCUCGCAGGGAGAUGCUCACUCAAAUCAGAGCCACCAUGCACGAGAUUCCGAUGUCGAAUUGGCAGCCCGCGAAAUUGCCCAACUUCUCCCUCCUCUCGCUAUCUUGAUGGCUGCUAACCCUGCGGCCUUUGACGAACUGUCGGAUGAUGAUACCCGCUCAAUGCUUCGGGACGCGUGGUUCAACGUUGUGGUUCAUGGUUUUAACCUGCUAACCGAACGAGGGAAACAGAACCUGACGCAUCUCCGACUUAUGGCAAUACACUCGCCGCCCUUGAUUUCCGAGAACCGAAGCGAACAGGAUGAGAGUGAUAUUGAACUGAACCCUAUACUCCGUCGAGGGGAAAGCUCCGAGAGCGAGAAUGCGCAGAAAAAGAUACUCAUGGAGCUCUUGCCAACACGGGGUAGCGAGAUCAAGGGCUUGAGUUACCGCAAGACCAUAUUCCUCCAGGCCGCCUAUCUCGUCGAGACUCUGCGUGCUGAUGCCGGCGAUUGCACCAAGGCACUUAUCUAUUUUCUCGAGCCUGGAUUACGACGAGGAGAUGUCAGCCGGAUAAUGGAUGCCAUCAUGCACGCCGUUGUGGACAGGUAUCUGGCCAAAACUAUCGGCGCUGCGAACCCUCCAUUCUCAUCACAGUUCGCAGCCACUCAGCUGGCUAAGAUCUUCUCCAGCUGCUGCCAUCGUAUAGAACGCGUUCAGCAGGCAGCAUUCGCUUGUGCCGAUCGCCUUAUCGAGGCCAUACCGUCUGCUCUUUGCCAAAGAUCAUCCCUCUUUUCUCUUCUCGAGCUUCUCUCUCUCAUGUGGGAGAGCUGCCUGGAGGCAGAAACAGAUCGUUAUGAACCCCGGACAACAUUCAAGUCCCCCCGCGGGGAUGUUGUGCUCGAGCUGUCUGACGAUUAUCAGUUCAGGCAGCUGACAUUGGAGAGUCUGCACAAGAAGGCGAAAGCAUGGGUCACCAGCGCCAUCAAUAUUGCCCCCUCCGAUGUCAAGGGACUGUUACAGACAUAUCUGUCCGAGUUCGAAGACGAGAGCUCCUAUGGCCACUUGUCUCUUGGGAGAUCGUUCGCGGUGGAGAUUGGUUCGACCAUUCCGUCCACCGAUCAACGUUUAGUGUCGUUGGAGAGACUUGGUGACUGUCUCAUCAAUACUGCAUCGGACUUCAUGGCACAGUAUACGACACGCCAAGAAUAUCGAUAUUCUGAUGCUUUGCUUGACCACAGCCUGGAAUGGCCGACUUCCAAACGCAUCGAUCGCAAGCCGUCACUCUUUACCUCGUCCGAGACGGAGUGUGCCGACGCUGUGAGCGCACUUGCAUGUCUUGAGAAGCGUGUCCUCAGCCGGACAGCCACACCAUUUCCUCAUGUCAGAGAUAUCCUCCGCCGUGCCGCCGCCCUCUUGUGCCGCAGCAAGCAUAACGAGUGCUCCAUCACUCGUUACCUUGUGAGCAUCCCCUUUGGCUUGUUUACAAAGCAGUCCAUCAAGCUCGGCAUCUCGCUCUGGCUUGGCAUUAUGAACGAAAACCCAAGAUUGGAGUCACGAAUAUUGGCCGAAAUUGUUCAGGGCUGGGAGCUCAGCAUCCGGAAGAAGAAAGGACUCUUCAGUCCUUCCAUAGCCAACCCCGACCCUUUUUUCCUCAAGCAGGAAUUUGCCCCUAGCGACAGUGCAGCACUUGCUAAACGCAAACAGGUCGUUCAUGAUAUGUUGACACCGCACUCCCGAUUACUCCAGUUCUUAAGCAGCCAUUAUAAUGCCACCCGUUUGGGGAAUCCUGACACACAUCGUAUGUUUCUUAGACUUGUCGAGGUCACGCUACAGGCGAUCAAGACCUCUACGCCUCAUCCAAUUGCCAGGGAGAUCCGGUUCCAAGUCAUCUUGUUCGGAUUGAGGGUUCUCAAAACAAGCUCGACCAUGAGCCUCGCUGCUCAGUACCGCCUAAAGGACCAGAUCUUGUCCGCAGCACUGAGCUGGUUCAAUACGCCACCGCGGUGGUCAUUUGGCAGUAAUAUCCUCCAACUCAAGACUGAGUUGAGACUCAUGGAGGACAUAACCGCUGCCCUGGCAGAAACUGCCCAUAUCGGUUCUCUUCCGACAGGUCCAGCUAAAUCCCUUGCAACAAAGGAGAAGCUGCUUCUCCUCCUGCUGGAAAGCGAACAGUCCAGGUUGCAUGUUUGGGUUCGCCCUCUCGACUCUGGAAGGUUUCAAUCCACCUUCUAUCAUGGAAGCAAGGACGGCCCGUCUGAGGCUGCGAUUUGCCCCCUUGUCCGCUCUGCUUGGACUGAAACCAAGGCUGCGAAAGAACCAGAAGCUAUACCAAUCUUGAUUGAUGGAGGCUUGCCCGAUGAUGUCAACUUCCAGCUCAAGUACCUGCUAUUCUGGGCACCUGUCAACCCAAUCACGGCAGUGACGCUUUUCUUGCCUACCUAUCGAAACCAUCCUUACCUGAUCCAGUACGCCAUGCGGGCUUUGGAAAGUCACUCAGUCGAUGUAACCUUCUUUUACGUGCCGCAAAUUGUCCAAACUCUUCGUUAUGAUGCUUUGGGUUAUGUUGAGCGGUACAUCCUGGAGACCGCCCAGUUCUCACAGUUAUUCGCGCAUCAAAUCAUUUGGAAUAUGAAGGCAAAUGCUUAUCGUGAUGAUGAUUGUCAGAUUCCUGACCCUAUCAAACCGACCCUUGACAAAGUUAUGGCCCAUAUGAUAGACAGCUUCUCAGAGGCCGAUCGAGAAUUCUACGAGCGCGAGUUCGCCUUCUUUGAUGAGGUUACGAGCAUCUCCGGGAAGCUCAAGCCGCUCAUCAAACGAUCCAAACCGGAAAAGAAGCAGAAAAUCGAGGAAGAGCUGCGCAAGAUCAAGGUUGAGGUCGGCGUAUAUCUGCCCAGCAACCCAGACGGCGUGGUCGUGGGCAUCGACCGAAAAUCAGGGAAGCCAUUGCAAAGCCAUGCCAAGGCUCCUUUCAUGGCGACUUUCCGAAUCAGAAAAAACAAAGGCAAUGUCGAAGGAUCUGAGGAGAUGAUCGAAGCCGGGGACGUUGACAACAAGGUUGUGACACAAGCCAACACUAUUGAGGUUUGGCAGUCUGCCAUCUUCAAGGUCGGUGACGACUGCCGUCAAGACGUUCUGGCUCUUCAGAUGAUUGCUGCAUUCCGGGGCAUUUUCCAGAGCGUUGGGCUGGACGUCUACGUUUUUCCUUACCGUGUCACCGCGACUGCACCAGGUUGUGGUGUCAUUGAUGUUCUUCCCAAUGCAAUCUCUCGUGAUAUGCUUGGUCGUGAGGCUGUCAAUGGGUUAUAUGACUACUUCGUGUCCAAGUACGGCAACGAAGAUUCACUUCGCUUCCAGCAGGCCCGGAAUAACUUCGUCAAAAGCAUGGCCGCCUACUCAGUUAUCUCAUUCCUCUUGCAAUUCAAGGACAGGCACAACGGUAACAUCAUGAUCGACGACGCAGGGCAUAUUCUGCACAUCGACUUUGGCUUCUGCUUUGAUAUUGCACCUGGUGGUAUCAAAUUCGAGCGUGCACCCUUCAAACUCACUUCUGAAAUGGUUGCUGUGAUGGGUGGCAGCCCGGAUCAUCAAGCCUUCAAAUGGUUUGAGGAACUAUGCGUGAAAGCCUUCCUGGCAUCACGUCAAUACUCCGAAAAACUAUCACAAAUUGUGUUGCUGAUGAUGGACAGCGGCUUGCCGUGCUUCAAGCCUGAAAGCGUUAAGCACUUCAAAGAACGAUUUGUGCUGGAUAAGAGUGAACGGGAGGCAGCAGAGUUCAUGCGGGGGCUGAUCAAGCGUAGCUACGGCAGCUACUCCACUGGCAUAUAUGACCAGUUCCAACUCUUGACAAAUGGCAUACCUUAUUGA